CCUCACACGUUUUCAACACGCGCCUUUUGUGAGCUCUCUUCAAGCAACAAUCAACCAUGGCAGAAACGGCCAGAGCCCAAUACCAACACUUCGUCCCGCAGUUCCUUCUAAGAAACUUCUCUCAUCCAUACAAGCCGCAAAAUACUGAUGCCAGGAAGUCGAAGCGCUCAAAACGCAAGUAUGCAAAGGGAAUGUUUCCAGGAGAUCUUGUCGUUCGCAAUCUCGAUCUGUCUGCGGACCCGCCUGUUAUCUGCGAGAUGCCAGUGAAGCGUAUUCUUGGUCAAGUGGACAUGUACCGGGACACGAGCAGUCCAUCUCCCGAACAGCAGCAAUAUAUAGAACAUAUGUUCUCCCGGAUAGAGGGUCUGACCAGCGCCAUUUUCCGCAAGAUCACCAAGGCUUUCGAGCAAAAAGACCAAGGGCUGUGGCUUACCCGGGACGAGCGAGAUCUUAUUCGAAAGUUCCUAUUUCUUCUAAAGUAUCGCGGAACAUGUUUUUAUCAACGCUUUUACCACGAUACUGCAGAGGGCUAUGAUUCAAAUGACCGAGAGCUGUUGCGCGAUUACAUGGCAGAGAAAGGUUAUAAGCGGCCGGUGGAUGUUUGGUUCAACAAUCUCAAAACGAUUAUGGAACUUCGCAUGGAUCCUGAGGGUGAAUGGAUGCAGGAGCUCCCAAAGCGCAUAUUCCUUGGCGAUGCUAUGUGGUUUAUUACGCAUUGCCAAUCGAAGUACAUGGCUAUCUGCACACCGUCUGAUCCUAAUGAUGAGUUUAUCCUUACGGACAAUAGCUAUAACGUCUUCGAAGGGCCAAACUACUUUGCGGCUGACGAAGGAACUGGAAAGAUCGAAGGCACAGCUUAUACACCACUCCACGAGUUCGCUCCAAUAUCUCCAAAACUGAUGAUUGUCCUUAGAAGCAACGUUUUCCCGGUGGCUGAGGAGGAUGCCGACGCAGACUUAAAGCUGGACCGAGACAUCUUUCGCUCCAGGGUCUUGGAUAGUGUCUACAAGAGGGAAGUGAAAUCCUUGCUAGAGGAUCUCCCAAUUCAGAAGGCACGCAAUAACUACAGCGAGAUCAUCAAUGGCCGCGUAAAGUUGAUCAAUGGCGAAGACUGGCAGAAUAGGAAGGACCACAAGUUUUGCUUUCAAUUCUUCCCUAUCGAGACGCAGCACGUCAACACGAUUAAUGGAAUUCUGCUCGAUAAUGCUUAUGUUUGUUCUAGCGUGGUUUUCAAAACGAUAGAGAGUUUCACGCACACUCUAGAAUGGUUCUUGACCGCACCAUGCACGAUCGGCAAGAUUGUCACAGGUGAAGAUGCGGAUCUUCGGCUCACAUGUCUAAAGAAACUAGCUGCAGUAUCGCAAUCUCUAGGUUCUGAAAAGAAACCUGUCUGGAGAGAGGAGCCUGUCCCCGUGGUGCAAGGACUUGAGAAUUUCCGGCUGAUGCACAUCGAACGAAGCCGGUUGUUUGGGGAGAUGAUCAAGGAUGAUCUGGAUUCCAUUCCUGACACGGAGUAUAUGCAAAUCUAUAAAACUUUAGGUGGAUCUAAAGAAAGUAUUCUCGGGGAUAUGACACAGGCAGCCUUGAUGUGGAAGCUGCGAGUCAAGAUCGAUGUUUGGUCCCGCGGCCUUGACGAGUCUUUACGCCAGCGUAACCGCGAACUUUUGAUAGCAGCUUACCUCCGGCUUCCACCACGCCGAGUAUGGCACUUUGUCAAACACAUCAGGUUCGCGUUUCUGAGUAAAAAGCCACGACUCGGAGCAGAGGAUGAGUCAUACGAUCCAUCAGACCCACUGGUGCAGGGGCCAGAAGAUACUAUUGCUCAAGCGUGUCGCAUUAUAAGGCCCGAAAAGCUCGCUCACCUUAUGUACAAGGCUACCAUAAACGAUUCAAAGAUGAAGCAACGGCCAGGGCUCAAUCUCUGGGCUGACAUGAGCCUUGACCUAAACGGAUUCGAACAAAUUAUGGCACUGAAGAUGUUCGCUUUCGAUGGACCUGGCUCUAUUCAUGACUGCGGAGUCUAUGAAAUUGAGCAGCUCGCUCAAAACAAACGAUUAAAGAUUCUUCGAGGUGGCCGAUCCUAUCAAGAAUUGGGAAACCUUAUCCUUGAAGAGGAUGAGAAAAUUGAACUCUUGACCAGAAUCAUGGUAAGAUCGAGGUUUAUGGAAGUCCUGAAUGGGAAACUCGAGAAGGGUUUGUUGGAACAAUUGAAGAAUGUGUUCUUUGAGGUUGUGUAUCCAACUCCGCCAUAUGGCGUGAAGGCCUAGACAUGAGCAAGAAAGCGCAAGCGCUUUUCUAACUAGAAUUCAGAUAAAUAGGCAAUCUAGUCGUGGUCUCUCACCUGAUUUAGCAGAGUCCUUCCUGUU